AUGGAAGACGUUCAGCAGGAUGGUGACGAUCAUCUAGAUGCUGGACAAGACCAGGAAUCUGAAAAGGAGUGGGAGGGAAUAGACAGGAUCUCAGAUUCAAGACUCAGCAGCCAGGGAACCGCUCAGCCAGAAGUUAUGCAGCAAUCUAAUGGGAUACAGUUAUACCUCUGUUGGUCUUUGUUCUCUUUUUGGAACGGGAUCCUGAAGACGGAGACGGAGAAGGAUUUGGAGCGCCAGUACACACCCAUUAAUAGCCAGGCUGCUCAGGACAGAGACAAGAUGAAGGCCAGCUUCCCAGACUGGACAGGAACAAACUACAACACAUACAGUCUAAACACCGAGGACAGGUACGGUGUGAUCAUCGCCAUCUCAGAUCGAAACAUCUUCUCCAAUACCAGCAUUGGUGAGAUGAGGAACUUGGUAGAUACGAUUAAACAGUUUUUACAGUGGAAUUUCAAGGCAAGACUCUCCACUAUACAGAUGUAUGUGCACGGGCAUCAAACUUGUGUGUCAUUAGCGGUGACUUCCUCUUACAAGAUGACUUCCUGUCCUCACUUGCGCAAGGGAGCGUCACCUACCCGCUAUAGAAUGACGUCGAGAUCUCCUUCUUUGUGGCAGGUGUGAAUGUCUCCGGUGAGGUGCUCGAGGCAGCGUCAGUGAUGAAACUCACCUUCCAUCUGAGGCAGUACUAUGAUACGAUGAAAGAAUAUG